GACGUUAUCAUUGAGGUCCGGGGGAUACGUUUUGAGUGUCAUCGAUUCAUCCUAAGUGCCUGCUCCCAAUACUUCCGGGAGGUGUUUAGCAAUGAGACUGGAGGCCAUUUUCCUCAAGUGAUUGAAAUGAGCGAGACGCAACCAGAUACAUUUAAUCUUGUUUUGGAUUGCCUGUAUGGUGCCAAGGAAGACCUCACGGUUGACAACGUGGAAAGUGUGUGGAACGCGGCUCAACAUCUUCAAAUUGAUUUUCUUUGCGAUGCUUGUGAGAAGUUCCAGUACCAACGUCUGUCCAAGGACUGCUGUGUGGAUAUCAUCAUCCACGCCAAGAAAGUCAACGCGGGGAGAUUGUUGGAUAAGGCAAGGGAGACAAUGAUUGAGGAAUUCGACUACCUCAGAAAACGGGAUGAUUUACUUGCCCUUGAUUUUGAAGAAUUGAAACUGCUUGUCGGCAAUGACCAUCUUGGGGCUAGAUCGGAGGAUGACGUAGUCGAGACUAUUUUGAGGUGGACAAACUUCCAUAGUAGUGAAGGAAAUCCAAGAUUGGAUACUGUUAUAAAGAAAAGGCUGCCAGAGCUCCUUAAGUCUGCUAGAGUGUGUCUUGUCAGCGCAACUUUCAUAAAUACCCUUUCAGAUGACGAGUGUGUUUUAAAAAGUCCAGCGGCCUCUAAAAUAGUACGUGAAGCUCUGAGGUAUCGGCUUCAACCUGGAAGACGUCAUGACUACUGUCCACCUUACGCCAUGCACAGAAACAGGAGUCCACUACAGAACGUCACGGUGGUUGUAACCGUGGAUGCCAAAGGAGCCUACAGAAUGACCUGUAGAACUCCUGAUGGAACCUGGUAUAGGAUGACCCACCCUGCACUGUUUAAAGUCAGCGCAGUUACCUAUGACAACGACCUAUACAUGGUUUCCGCGUGCAGUAAUGUCCAGGCCACACUGCGAUACAGCACAUCUAGUAAUACUUGGGUCAACCUGACCAACCUGUCGAUCCAACGAGAUGGAAGCGUUCUUGUAUGCGUGGACAAUUACGUCUACGUCAUUGGUGGGGCCAACAACAAAGCCAUUGACAGGUUCAAUGCCCAAGAAGAACAGCGAGCUCCCAAUUCUGUAAUGUGGGAACAAGUUGGUGACCUGAAGUUUGAGGUGACCAACGUCAUGGCUACAGUCUUCGGAAAGUACAUCGUGGUGUAUGGAAAGAAAGCAAACAGCACUGUGACCAUUGUCCAAAGCUUUAAUACGUCAACUAUGACGACAAGCGUCUACACAGACAGCAUCAUGGGCGAGCACGCUCCCAUGGUCAGUUUCAAGAAUGGUAAGGAUACUUUUAUUCUUCUAGAGACGGGAGACUUGUGGAAGGUGGUCAACUGCGACAACCAAGAUUUGAAAAUGGAGUUCCGAGGGAAGUUGUUUGAUGAAUAUCUGUCACUUCACGGAGCUGUUGUCUUCAAUAAAGAACUCCUCAUCCUGGCC